GAGUGGAGCUUUUCCCUCCAGUCGGUUCCUUCACUCAGGGCUCAGGUUCUCUCCUCCAGCCCUGCCUCACUCACACCUUCUGACUCCGGAGGAGCAGCGGAACCGCUCAGCUCCAGAAGAGAGAGGCGCAGCACUUUUUUGGGGGGUUUGUGCCGGAUGGCAGUGUGAGAGUGAGCGGAGAGUGUGAGUGUGUGGGUGGGUGUGUGUGUGUGUGUGUUUGGAGUUCGGAGUGUGUUCGGAACGUGUUUGGAGAGCGACCGGAUCAUGGAUCAGCAGAGAUGGAGAUGCAAGUGGAGGUGGAAGAACCUGUGGAGCUUCACCGCACCGACCUUCAUCACCACACUCAUCCUCCUACAGCAGCAGGCCUCAGGAGCAUGGGCAGCUGACCCAGUGGACGUCCUGAAGGUCCUAGACUUCCCAAGUUCUCCAGAAGGAGUAAAGCAAACACAGGGUUUCUGUGCCGUCAGGAGAGGAUCCAAACCAGACGUGGCCUACAGGGUGGGGAAAAAGGCUCAGCUCAGCACGCCCACCAAGCAGCUCUUCACAGGUGGAGUCUUCCCUGAGGACUUCUCCAUCCUCAUGACCAUCAAGCCUAAGGCUGGAGUCCAGUCCUUCCUGCUGUCCGUGUAUAAUGAGCAGGGAAUCCAGCAGCUCGGCGUGGAAGUCGGCCGCACUCCGGUAUUCCUGUAUGAAGACCAGCAUGGAAAACCAGCCCCGGAGGACUACCCCUUAUUCCGUACCAUCAAUCUAGCUGACGGAAAGUGGCAUCGCGUGGCGAUCAGCGUGGAGAAGAAGUCCGUCACCAUGAUCGUCGACUGUAAGAAGAAGGUCACCAGGCCACUGAACAGAAGUGACAAGGCAAUCAUUAACACCGACGGCAUCACAGUCUUCGGCACCAGGAUCCUGGAUGAGGAAGUCUUUGAGGGAGAUAUCCAGCAGCUGAUGUUGGUGGCGGACCCCCGGGCUGCGUACGAUUACUGCGAACACUACAGCCCAGACUGCGAAACGCCACACCAGGAAACACCGCAGGCCCAAGAGCCUGAGGAAGAGGACACCACUGAAUACACUGAUUAUGGAGAGAUCUACGACUACCCAGAUGGAGAACUCACGCCCACUGAGGUCCCGGAUGGAGAGACCAGAACGGAAACCAAGCCCGACAGCUUCGACGCUGAAUAUUACACUGAAGUGGACUACGACACCAUCGACGGAUCCAAACCUGAGAACCCGACAACAUCUGUGACAAGCAAGAACCCGGUGUAUGAAGAGGAGAUUGUGGAUGAUUACAUCACCGGAGUGGACCAGGUUGGAGCCGAUCCCACUGCGGCCACAGAGGUGAAUGUGGAUAACGUGGAAACUGUGGAAACUGUGGAAACCGUGGAGGCCAAAGCCACUCAGGGCCCAGAGUUCACGGAAUUUAAGGAGUACGAUUUGAACGAGUACGAAGCGAAGGAGCUGGACCCGAAUCAUUACGAUGAUGGAUUUUACGAUUACACCACCAACGGAGCCAAACCCACCGUCUCUGCGUACGAGGAUGAAAUCGGUCCUGCCGUUCCUGCGGAGACGGAUUUUUCAGAGAGCAGCGUGGGUGGUGGUUACGGAGGUGAGAAAGGGCAGAAGGGGGAACCUGCAGUCAUUGAGCCGGGGAUGCUUAUAGAAGGAGCCCAAGGACCUCCCGGUGCUCCUGGUAUUCCUGGUGCUCCAGGCAUCCAGGGUCCUCCAGGACUUCGUGGAGAUCCCGGUGAGAAAGGUCCUGCUGGGCGUCCGGGUCUUCCUGGUGCUGAUGGAGCUCCAGGUCCUUCUGGCACUGUCAUCAUGCUGCCGUUCCGGGCCGGUGGAGAGGCGUCUAAAGGCCCUGUGGUGACGGCGCAGGAGGCCCAGGCCCAGGCCAUCCUCGCCCAGGCCAGGCUGGCCAUGAGAGGCCCCCCUGGGCCAAUGGGAUUGACGGGAAGAGCCGGUCCAGUGGGUGGUCCUGGAGCACCUGGUCUUAAAGGAGACGCUGGUGAUUCUGGCCCUCCGGGUCCAAGAGGCCUUCAGGGUCCCACUGGGUCACCUGGCAAAUCAGGAAAGAGGGGCCGCUCCGGAGCGGACGGAGCCAGAGGAAUGCCUGGUGAACCGGGAGCCAAGGGUGACCGAGGAUUCGACGGCCUUCCAGGUUUACCUGGUGAGAAAGGACACAGGGGGGAGCAUGGCCCCAUUGGGCCUCCAGGACCUCCAGGAGACGAUGGGCCCAGAGGCGAGGAUGGAGAGAUCGGGCAGAGGGGAAUGCCGGGAGAGAGUGGUCCCAGAGGUCUGCCCGGCCCCCGGGGCUCCCAGGGUGCCCCUGGUCAGCGGGGUCUCUCUGGACUGGACGGUACAGCUGGUCCUAAAGGAAACAUGGGUCCUUCAGGAGAACCAGGCCCUCCUGGACAGCAGGGAAUCCCCGGCCCACAGGGUUUGCCUGGACCUCAAGGACCAAUUGGCCCUCCUGGAGAAAAAGGUCCUUCAGGGAAACAGGGUCUGCACGGUUUAGCUGGAGCCGACGGUCCUCCUGGUCAUCCUGGUAAAGAAGGCCCUCCCGGAGAGAAAGGAGCAGCCGGUCAUUCUGGACCUCAGGGCCCCAUCGGCUAUCCCGGCCCACGCGGAGUGAAAGGUGCUGAGGGCGUUCGCGGGUUGAAAGGAGGCAAAGGAGAAAAGGGCGAGGACGGUUUCCCAGGGUUCAAGGGCGACAUGGGCCCCAAGGGUGACAAGGGAGAGUCUGGUGUUCUUGGGCCCAGAGGAGAAGACGGACCUGAGGGGCCGAAGGGAAAAUCUGGGCCCACCGGAGAGGCUGGACCCAUGGGUCUGGCUGGAGAAAAGGGAAAACUGGGCGUUCCUGGAUUACCCGGAUAUCCAGGACGACAGGGUCCAAAGGGUUCCACAGGUUUCCCUGGCUUUCCUGGAGCAAACGGAGAGAAAGGAGGGAGGGGAAUCGCUGGCAAAGCAGGACCAAGAGGACAGCGUGGUCCAACGGGUCCACGUGGUGGAAGAGGAGCGAGAGGACCAACAGGAAAGCCGGGGCCGAAGGGUACCUCAGGGAACGACGGGCCUCCAGGUGGUCCUGGAGAAAGAGGGCCUCAAGGACCACAGGGACCUGUCGGGCUCCCAGGACCAAAGGGUCCAAAUGGACCUCCAGGAAAGGAUGGGUUGCCAGGUCAUCCCGGACAGCGCGGAGAAACCGGUUUCCAAGGAAAGACGGGACCGCCGGGCCCUGGAGGGGUUGUCGGCCCGCAGGGACCUACUGGAGAGACCGGCCCAGUGGGGGAGAGAGGCCAUCCUGGAUCCCCAGGGCCCCCUGGAGAGCAGGGUCUUCCCGGAGCUGCUGGCAAAGAGGGUGGAAAGGGUGAUCCAGGUCCUCAGGGCGGUGCUGGUAAAGUCGGCCCCGCUGGGCUGAAAGGAUUCCCGGGGCAGAGGGGGCUGCCCGGCGCUCCGGGUCCAGGUGGGCUGAAGGGUGGCGAGGGUCCGCAGGGUCCCCCAGGUCCCAACGGGUCCCCAGGUGAAAGAGGGCCUGCUGGACCAGGUGGGCCAAUUGGAUUAACUGGACGCAACGGACCUCAGGGACCCCCAGGACCUGCUGGAGAGAAAGGUGGACCGGGUGAGAAAGGUCCUCCCGGUCCCGCCGGCCGUGACGGAAUCCAGGGUCCAGUUGGCCUUCCAGGACCUGCGGGACCUCAAGGACCACCUGGAGAGGACGGUGAUAAGGGAGAGGUUGGAGAACCGGGUCAGAAAGGAAGCAAAGGAGACAAAGGAGAACACGGUCCUCCUGGUCCAGGUGGUCUUCAGGGUCCAGUUGGAGCUCCAGGACCUGCUGGCAGUGAUGGAGAGUCGGGCCCCCGGGGUCAGCAGGGCAUGUUCGGGCAGAAAGGGGAUGAAGGACCGCGAGGGUUCCCCGGACUUCCGGGACCAAUCGGGCUGCAGGGAUUACCAGGACCUCCGGGUGAGAAGGGAGAGACCGGUGACGUCGGUGCUAUGGGUCCGCCGGGCCCUCCUGGACCGAGAGGCCCUCAGGGGCCCAGCGGAGCUGAUGGAGCUCCAGGCCCUCCUGGUGGUAUCGGUGCGAUGGGAGGAAACGGAGAAAAGGGUGAGACGGGUGAAGCCGGCAACCCGGGACCUCCUGGAGAGCCUGGUCUAGGGGGUCCUAAAGGUGAAAUUGGAGAGAAGGGAGAGACGGGACCACCUGGAGCUGCCGGACCCGCCGGAGCCCGAGGACCGCCCGGAGACGACGGUCCGAAAGGAAACCCAGGACCCAUUGGCUUCCCUGGAGAUCCGGGUCCACCUGGCGAACCUGGUGUUGCUGGACUCGACGGCCUUACUGGGGAUAAAGGAGAUGACGGAGAAGCUGGUCAGCCUGGUCCUCCUGGUCCAUCUGGUGAAGCCGGCCCACCGGGACCCCCUGGGAAGAGAGGUCCCAUCGGUCCAGCCGGAACUGAAGGAAAGCAGGGAGAGAAAGGCGCGAAGGGUGACCCGGGUGCUGAAGGGCCCGUGGGUAAGACUGGACCUGUUGGCCCUCAGGGACCCCCUGGAAAGGCUGGUGCUGAGGGUCUAAGAGGCAUCCCUGGCCCUGUGGGUGAACAAGGACUUCCCGGAGCUUCUGGACAGGACGGACCCCCUGGACCACUGGGUCCUCCCGGUCUGCCCGGUUUGAAAGGUGACCCCGGCAACAAGGGCGAAAAGGGUCAUCCUGGUCUGAUUGGUCUGAUUGGGCCUCCAGGUGAGCCGGGAGAGAAGGGAGACAGAGGCUUACCUGGACCUCAGGGAACAGGUGGAGGCAAAGGUGACCCUGGUCUCGGAGGUCCUCCUGGUCCUGUUGGUCCUCCAGGUCCUCCUGGUAUUCCUGGAACCCAAGGACAAAAAGGAUCUAAAGGAUCUACUGGUCCAGCGGGUCAGAAGGGAGAGCCUGGACUGAUAGGACCCCCCGGAGCACCUGGUCCUCCUGGUGACAUCAUCCAGCCGCUGCCCAUCCAGAUGUCCAAGAAGUCGAGGAGGUCACCAGACAUGCAGGACGACGAAGCGGCCGGAAUGAUGGACUACGGCGUGGAGGGCAUGGAGGGAAUGGAGGACAUAUUCGGUUCCCUCAACAACCUCAAACUGGACAUUGAGCGCAUGAAGUUCCCUCUGGGCACGCAGGACAAUCCGGCCAGAACCUGCAAUGACCUCCAGCUCAGCCAGCCGGACUUCCCUGACGGGCAAUACUGGAUCGAUCCCAACAUGGGAUGCAUAGGCGACUCCUUUAAAGUGUACUGUAACUUCACUGCGGGAGGUGAAACCUGCAUCUACCCUGAUAAAAAGUCCUCUGGAGUUAGAAUAUCUAACUGGCCGAAGGAGACGCCAGGCUCCUGGUUCAGUGAAUUCAAGCGUGGGAAAAUACUUUCCUACGUGGACGUGGAGGAGAGCUCGAUCACCUCGGUCCAGAUGACGUUCCUCAAGCUGCUGAGCUCUUCAGCCCGGCAGAACUUCACCUACAUCUGCCACCAGUCCGUGGCCUGGCACGACGCCAAAUCCGACAGCUACGACAAAGCGCUGCGCUUCCUCGGCUCCAACGACGAGGAGAUGUCGUACGACAACAAUCAGUUCAUCAAGGCCCUCUCAGACGGCUGCUCGCUGAAGCAGGGCUACGCGAAGACCGUGCUGGAGAUAAACACGCCCCGUAUCGAUCAGGUGCCCAUCAUUGACGUCAUGUUGAAUGACUUUGGAGAUGCUAACCAGCGGUUUGGUUUUGAGGUAGGCCCGGUCUGCUUCCUCGGCUGAAGGGCUUCCUCAGGUCAGGACGGGUCGAGCAGUGUGGACAGCUAACAUCGCCACACACACACACACAUACAUACAUACACAUACAUACACACACACACACACACAGACACCCCUACACACACUUUUGUUGGCUAACACCAGCGCGGUGCAAUCACCAUGGGAAUGUUCACCGUCCUCGUGUGGCCGCAAUGAAAACGACUGAAACCUGCAACCGGAGAACCAACGUGAGGAAAGACGUGAACUGACUGGAGAACAGUGGUGCACUUUCAACUAAAAAACGGAGGAUCACUUCCUUUCUCCAUCCAUCCAUCC